AUGUUGAGCAAGAUGGGGACGGAGAGGAACGCGAUGGGCGGAUUUGCCACGCUCAACGUCAAGUUAGGCUUGGUCCGCGGGCCCCGCACGGCGAGCUUUGGCCUGUACUACCGUUGUACUACCUUUAGGAAAUUCACGGAUAGACGCCGCUGCGUUCCCACCGACUCUCGAGCAGGGACAGCAUCCAAGCGAAUCGACACGCGCUGCCCAAAGCCGUCCGACUCAGCACUUCGAUAUUGCGACCGAAUGCGUUCCGAGGCGCCUGGACGUACACCUGCUCUUGAUGGAUAA